ACGUCUUGUGAGGGUAGAGGUCCCCGUCCCAAUCCACCUGCAGAAGGACUGACCACGAUGACUUUCCUACCGUGUCGGAGGGUGAUGGGGCUGCUUUGUUUACUUCUCGUCCUCGCUCUUGAGGCGGAUGCGAUAGAUGACACAGCGUGUGACCCAGGAUGCCAAGUCCACCGCUUCACCUCCGUGGGCACGCCUCUGACGAAGGACAUCUCGAGGAUCUUCUGGUGGCCCGAGGGCGACGUGGAGGAGCUGUCCCUCGUUGGAGAAGGACUCGAGGUGAGCGUCGCCGUCGAGGAGGAGCAGAGGAACAUGUGGCACGAGAUCGAGGUCAAGGCCGAGGUCGAGGAUGUGAGGCGGAGAUUAGAAUCCUACAGCGUUAUCAUCCCUUCUCUGGGCGUGAACGAGAGCAGGAUCUGCACCCACCCGGACUGCGGUGCCAUGGGCGUGGGCGUGAAAAGCAGCAUAUCCAGUUUAUGGGCACUGCAGUGUAGUGUCCUCCCCUGUGACUGUCGCCACAACGCCAAAUAUUGCGAAGGAAGACGAGACUGCAGGACCUACUACCUAACGGCCCUCGGCUUCCCGCUCGACUCCCCCAGGAAGAUCUUCUGGUCCCCGAGGACUGGCGGAGGACUCACCUUCUCCUGGGGCGAGGAGAAGGACCAGUCGUUCGGCCUCAAGGUGGAUCGGAGCAGUUCCUCGACUUGGGUGGAGGUCGACGUUCAUUCUCGAGUGAGGCUGAGAGGAGGCACAACGCGUUACGACUGCAGCCUCGAAAUAGCGUCCAUAGACAUCCUGAAGGACUGUUCCUCGACGAAGGACUCACACCACGGGAUGAAGAUGGUCGCUCCUAUCCCUAGUACCUUUGCUCUGGACUGCGACAAAGCCCCGGAGGUUGAGGUCCAC